UAGCAGAAAUGAAAUUUUCAUUCGCAGAAAUUUCUACAACAUUGCCGUUGAUUAGUCUCAUUACAGAUGAGGAUUAGUAGAAGUGCAUGAUCUUAAAAAUUACCAAAAUGGCUUUUAAUAAAUCGGAGAACUAUGUGUGGUCGGCUAGGGAUGUUUUAGGAACUGGAGCAACCAGUGUGGUAUAUUUAGGAACAAAUAAAUUGACUGGAGACCCUGUUGCAGUUAAAAGAUUUAAAAAUAAUCAAUUGCCACUUCGGGAAUUCCAAAUUUUAAGAAAAAUCGAGCACAAAAACGUCGUAAAACUCCUGACCAUUGAGUACGAAACCCUCGAAAACUUCCCGGUACUCAUAACAGAAUUUUGCAAUGGGAACUCUUUGGCUGGAAUAUUACAGAGUCCAAAGUAUGCCUGCGGGUUGGGCGAGCAGGAUUUCCUAUCGGUCCUAUCGGACUUGACGGCCGGGAUAAAGUACCUGCGAGAAAACCAAAUCGCCCAUAGAGACGUGAAGCCAGGUAACAUAAUGCGAUGUUUAAAAGACGAUGGUACUGCCGUUUAUAAACUAAUCGACUUUGGGACGGCGCGACAGUUAAAAGAGGAAGAUCAAUUUGAAACACUUGACUGCGGUACUUUUGAAUAUGUCCAUCCUGCUUUGUACAAGCGAGCUAUACUGGGUGAAUUUGAUACUGGCGGGUGUCGCCCAGCAGUGGAUUUAUGGUCUAUAGGAGUCACUUUGUACCAAGUAGCCACAGGGCGAAUACCAUUUAAUCCUUUCGGUGGUAGAGGCGCAAAAACCUUAAUGUAUAAAAUUAUAACUGAAAAAGCCGAUGGUGUGAUUUCCGGUGUGCAGAACACUCCAAAUGGCCCAAUUAUCUACAAUUCCACUCUGCCAGAGAGUUGUCAACUAAGUAAUGGUUUACAGAAGAUUGUUACCCCGCUAAUAGCUGGCUUGCUAGAGCCGGAUUUUGCCAAGAUUUGGAGCUUUGAGACAUUCUUCUACGAAGUUGAUGAAAUUCUAUCGCGAAAAGUGGUGAAUAUUUUCUACGUUCAGAACGUCUCCUUAAUCAAUGCGUACUUGAAGCCCAAUGAAACCUUAACAGAUUUGAGAAAACUCCUCUAUGACCAAACAGAACUAUCUCCUGAAAAGCAGAUGCUUUUCUCCAGAUCUGCAAUUGUUACAGGAGUCGACGUACCUUCAACAACUAAGAAAGAUCCAAUGUAUUUACUAUCAAGGGUUGAUACCGCCAUAAUUACACCACAAAUAACAUGCCCGCAAUGGAAUGGCUUCGAUUCCAAGACUGAUAUGAAUAGAAAUGUACAUAAGCCUGACUUUCACAAAGCCAUGUCCUCGGGCACUGCUGGUUACCAAAUGGAAAGACUCAUAGUUAAACACUGCCAGCAGGAAAAACUGAUUUAUAAGCUCAUUAAUCAUUUAAGUAACUUCAUGAAUCGGACCUUCGAAACCUUGGACUACCGAGCGCAACACUUGCGGGAUAAAUGCAAACUUCUUAGUUUCACUGCGGACUUUAUUAAACAUUGUUUAGAAGUCACCAAUUACAGUACUACAACAACUUCAAGGAAGGAUUUCCAGAGAAUUCUGUCAGAAUCGGAUCGUAUAAGUCAGACAAUCGCAAAAUUGCACGAUAAGUAUGUGAUCAACAACAGCAACAAAGAGUGGAAUAGGAUUUCAGCGAAUUUGAAACUUCCGACUACCACACGAUUAGACACAAGGGCGAAUGUUCUAAGGGAACAAUUCCAACAGAACUUAGAUUGUUUGAAAAAGUUCGACUAUUUCAAUGCUCAUACAGAAUACAUAAUUGCAAAACGACAAAUUGAACAAAUAUUGCAAAAGCUCAAACAUAUUUUGAUGUCUGAAGUAAUGACCGAACAUGGACUGUUAUGCGAACGAUUCAACGAGUGGUAUCCAUCCAUGCAGGUGGACCUUUUAAAAAUUGAGAUAUUAACAAACGACUUUGACGAGAUAAGGAGGGAGGUUCAAAAAUUUGAACACGCUCUCGAACCCGAUCAGCAGCAUUAUAAAGAGUAUGUCAAUGAUUUAAAGAUUCGAGGACAGCAGACAUAUAAUUUGAUGUCGCGCAGAAAGAAUUUAAAUGAGCUUCUAAAGGAAAAUCAAAAGAUUUUAACCGAUUGGAACGAACUGUUGGGAAUUUUUUAAAAUACAGUAUUUUUGUAGUUGCAAUUACGUAAAUUUAAUAGAUUUUGGAUAUUUGAGGACAAGAUGCCACCUGAAACCCAACUCAGAUGAACACUUACCAAACCGAAACAAUAACGUCCUCUUACACACUAAAUAUAUAAAUAUACGUAUGGUUUAAA